CGGCGAGUGAGGCUCAGCCCGCUGAUGUCGACAGGGAGGUGAAGGCAGAAGCCCCCAACGCGCCAGAUGAGGCCGGACCAGAAAUGCCAGCAGAUGUCAUCAUGGACGUAGCAGACGAUCAGCUCCCGGCUGCAGAAGCGGUGACUGAUAGUGCACAGGAGCCGGUGAUGUCAGCGGCGGUGAUGUCAGCGGCGGCUGACUCACUAGCAGCUGUCGCCUUAGGAGCUGAGAGAUUGGGUCCUGUGGGUGGCGAUACACGGAUGGUUGAUGCUCCGGCAGUUGGACAUAUGAAUCUUCAGAAGGGAGAUGCAGGGACAGCUGAGGGUACAGCUGGAGGUCUGGUGGAUAACAUGGUUGAUAAGAUGGAGUGAUUCCUAGCGGCUUGGAGGACAGAGCUAGAAAGUGUGGCGGUGGUGUGAGUAAACGGGCAGCCAUGCACCGUGGUGCGUUUGAGGUUGCCUUCGGACUGGGUUCUGUCUGCGUGGCCAUUCCUUGCAGAGACUGUCUUGAUGCAGGGAUGCAUGCGGAAGUGUGCAGCCGAAGAAUGUGCAGCUUGCGAAUUCGAGUUUGGAACGUGAGUGAACUUCACCAGUGAGCAACUUUUAUUAAACUGAUACGCAGCGUUGCAAUUUGUACAAAGCUGGCCUAGGGAAAGAGCGAAGCGAUGGCAUCGAGCCAUGAGACGUUUUCCUGUAAUUGAAAAUGAAUGUC